CGUCUGACCCCUUCUCACAUAAACGGUUGUCCUCCCCCCUCUGACACGUAGAGAAAGUGGUACAGUCCAGAGGGCGCGAAGCUCUGAACUGUUUUGGUUGUCAUGGAGAAGAAACGAGAGAGUCAGUGUUUGUGCUUCAGGAUGGAGGAGAUGAGUGAAGAGAACAUCGAGGAGGUGAGGGUGCUGGAGGCUCAGAUCGAGCGUCUCCAGGCUGAAGUUUCAGCGUUGCAGUGCCAACAGCAGGAAAACCACAAGGACAUAACGUUUAACCUCCGAGGACAAAUGCAGAAUGCCAUGUCGUAUGUGUGUGGACAGAGACAAGGAGGAGGGAAGGAGAAGGUGCUGUCCAAGCUGAAGGAGGAGGUGGAGGAGUUGGAGGAGGACCUGAAGCGGCAGACUCAGAUGAAUGGCAUCAGUCUGAACAGCUGCACCAAAAAGACUCUCCAAAGCGGUGGCAGUAAGCUGGUCCAGAAGUUCCUUUUAUCAGGUCACUGCUCUGAACUGGUGUUUCAGGUGGAGUUCCAGCUGUCUGAGGUCAAGGAGGGUCAGGGAUCUGAGAGGACAAUCAGCGAUCUGAAUGUGGUGAUGGACGCCGGUGACCUGCAGAACUUCAGCGGUUUCCUGUCUGGGGUGGAGGAGAACAGGGAUCUUCUGCUGUUCUUUAGGACUCUCCGGACUUUCACAGACAGAUGUGAUGACCGGUGCAGAACCUACCAGCACUUCCAGGAGAAAUAUCCGUCUGUCGUCUCUCUCCCUGGAGGCUGCAGGUCAGAGGUCAUGAACCUGAAUCACCCUGAGCUUCCUGGCUGCGUCCUGAUGGUUCAUUGGUCGGUGGAGGUUUCCAGAGAGGGCAGAGUCACUCCAAAGGUCGACCUGUUGACAAAGAUCCCCGAGAGAGCGCUGCAGUUGUUUCCCUCUCAGCCUGUAGGCGGCGCCGCGGAGGCCUUUCAGAGCCUGCUGAGGAUUCUGGGACCUGAAGCCGCCGUGGAGUCGAUCAUCAGGGCUGUCGGCCUUUAACCAGACACAUAACUCACAUCUUCAUCUCUGUGCACAACUACCAGAUUAAUGUACAAACACACGGCGACGGUUUAGUCUCUUAUAAAUCUUUAUUCAAUAGAAAGAGCCCGACUGUGACAGCAGAGCUCACCGGUCAAAAUCUACAAAAAUAAAUAAUUUAAAUACAAAA